UAGUUCUAGUUUGGGGCCUCUACAGGUUUUGCUUCACAAGGGAUGAGUAGGUUUUACAGUGGUUCUGUCCAGUCUCAAGAUCCUGCAAGUCAAUUUGCCCCUAAACCUCAAUCUCCUUAUGCAAGUGUAUCACUGUCCUCCCCCCAAGCUGGUCCAUCUACUACUGUUCAGGCUUCUCUGAAGCAACUUUCUUCUACCUUCACAGGCAGCUCUGGCACCCAGGCAGGGUCCUCUACUCCCUUCACUCUGCAGGGAAGCACCACUUAUGGUGGAUCAUCUCGGCCUCAAGAUGCUGCUAGUCAGUUUAUCCCUGGGUCUUCAUCCCCAUAUGCAAGUGUGUCAUCGUCCUCAUCCCAAGGUGUUGUUAGUCCGUCCAGGCAAUCGUAUCAAGGCUAUUCUGUGUCCCAAAGCCAGAAGUCUCAAAGAUGGCAGCCUUUAGCCACUUGUUGGACACAAGGUAUUCGGACCUCCGAUGCUGCUUCACAGGAUAGCUCUUCAUCUCAAAGCUCUCCAAUGCAGUUAUAUUCCCUGUCAUCUGCAGAAGGCUCAUCUUCAAGAGUUUCUGGUCCGUUUGUUUCUGCACUGGGUGGUAGCACCAGUUACGGUGGGUCUUUCCAAUCCCCAAACCUUUCUACAAAGUAUACCCCUGGGUCCCAGAUCUUGCCCUAUGAUCCAAGUGUUUCUGGUCCAGGUACAUCCAGUGCUUCUGAAGUCUUGAGUAGCUACAGUUCAAUUAACCAGAAUGCUCCCGCUCCAUCCCGCAGCUCUUCCUCAAGCCACUUCUACUCAGUCAAGGGUUGAAAGACUCCAGUAAUCUGCUGCAAAUGUCCUCCAGAAUUGAAACCCCAAUGUUUUAAGCAAA